AUGGUCUCGGAGACGUCGUGCUUGAUAUACGUCCCAAACGUGAAGUCAAGAGAGUGGGUACUGCAAGUAGGAUACUGGCAAGUAGAUCAUUGUGCAGUCUCUGUCUUCCCUUGGUCUCCAGAAGGAUCGCUUCAUGAUUUGGAAUUGAAGUUUGCUCCAACCUGGCUCAUAUUAAAGAACGUACCACCUCAGCUGUACUCCCUGGAUGGCAUUAGUGUAGUCGCAAGUGCAGUUGGAGAACCCCUUCACACUGAGAAAUCAAGACUGGAUCCAUAUCAUUUUGGAGAUACCAAAGUCAAGAUAGAGAUAGAUUUGUCAGUGACUCCGCCAGAUGUGGUUGAAGUGAGGGAUGCUGAAAGCAACUCGGUGAGAAUAAAGAUAGAGUACCCAAAACUCCCCCCUAAAUGUUGUAAUUGUGGAAAGUUUGGGCAUUUGAUGAAUCGCUGUCCUCAACCCCCGAUGAAAAGAAAGCCUCGGAUAAAAACUCCAGUGAAAGAGAAGGUCAAAGUUGCUAUAGCUCCGCCUUCAGUUUCAGUCGCGACAGCUAGUGAUCUGGUGGUUCUUGCGAUAACGGAGAAGACGCACGAGAGAGGAGAUACUCAAGCACACUCUCCGCGAUCCUCCUUAAAUACGCAAAGGCGAGCUCGGUCGAGGUCCAGAGCCAGGGAGAGACGAAGAAGCCUCUCACAGCUGCCCUCUUAUCGUGUAAAAGUGUAUUGCAGCGAAGGGGAAGAAGGAGAGAUAGUUGAGGGCGUAAGGAAUUUGGGAACAGACGUAAUGGGAGAGGAAAAGAUAAAGGUUCUGGGAAAAAAUUUAGAAGGAAGAUUUGAUUUGAAUAGUGAGGAUGAAGAGUCUGUAUAUGUAGCUCCACCACAGGAAGAACAUAUUUGGAUAUUGCCAAAAGCGGCGAGGCGUGCUCGGAAGAAGAUGGAACGGAGGGCUGUUUGGAAUGCUUCAGGGGGUCAGCUGUUAAAGCAAAGGAUCCCAAUGUUUGUGAACCGAGGUGGUACCUCGGGGAAGAAACAUAACCUCUGA